CCCGAUAAAAAUUUACUCCAAUAAUACUGUACUACGGUUGCUACAAUCGAAAGAAAACGAUUCCUUAAGUAGUUAAGGUCCAAGUUCAAAUCACUACUCUUCUCUGUCUCUCUCUCAUCUGCGAGCUACUGCAAGGAAUGUCGAUCCACUUCCGACCGAUAUAAUUAGAGAAAGCUAUUUACGUAUAUAGGGAGAGAGAGAGAUUGUUAUGGGUGGGGUGACUUCGUCGGUGGCGGCGAAGCUGGCGUUCUUCCCACCGAGCCCGCCGUCGUACAAGCUAAUUACGGACGAGGCCACCGGGCUGCUGCUGCUGGACGCAUUCCCUCACCGGGAGAACGUCGAGGUACUGAAGCUGCCGACUCGACGGGGCACGGAGAUCGUCGCGGUGUACGUGCGGUACCCGAUGGCGACCUCCACCCUGCUUUACUCUCACGGGAAUGCUGCUGAUGUUGGCCAGAUGUACGAGCUUUUCAUCGAGUUGAGCAUCCACUUGCGCGUCAAUCUCAUGGGGUAUGACUACUCUGGCUAUGGGCAGUCAACUGGGAAGCCGAGUGAGCACAACACUUAUGCAGACAUAGAAGCUGCAUAUAAGUGUCUUGAAGAGAGCUAUGGUGCUAAGCAGGAAGAGAUCAUCCUUUACGGCCAAUCUGUUGGAAGUGGGCCUACCUUGGACCUCGCGGCCCGUCUGCCUCGUCUAAGAGCCGUUGUCUUACAUAGUCCAAUACUCUCAGGCUUAAGAGUCAUGUAUUCUGUGAAGCGCACUUACUGGUUCGACAUCUACAAGAACAUUGACAAAAUCCCGUUUGUGAAGUGUCCAGUUCUGGUCAUCCAUGGAACGUCUGAUGAAGUUGUUGACUGCUCCCAUGGUAAACAGCUUUGGGAACUCAGCCAGGACAAAUACGAACCGUUGUGGGUUAAAGGAGGAAACCACUGCAAUUUAGAGCUGUAUCCAGAUUACAUCAGGCAUCUGAAGAAGUUCGUAUUUCAUGUGGAGAAACCACCCACGAAGAGGAUCAGUUCAAGGAAAAGCGUAGACCGACCGGAACAUUCUAGAAUGAGUACUGAUUGUUUCGAGGCUUCAAGGAAAAGCACCGACAGGAGGGAAAAAUCAAGACGAAGCACUGAUAAGCAUGAGAAAUUGAAAUUCCGUGAGUUCAAAUUUAAUAAUGAUGACAAGCUUGCAAAGUUAAAAAUGAAUUUGGACCAUGUGGAGAGAUCACGGCGGAGCGUGGAAUACCAUGAGAAGUCGCGGAGAAGCAUCGAGCAUCAGCUCGAGAAAGCGAGGAAGAGUGUAGAUUGGUUGGAUAGAAUCCGAGCAGUUUAAAGAGAGUACCACACGUAAAAUACGCGCAUCGACUUUAUACUGAUGGUAAAAUUGGUGGUGUAACUUGUGCUUUUUUUAUGCUAACAUUUGAGUUGUUAAUUUGGUACCUGUACUAGUGUACUGUAAUAGGUCUUGUUUCAUUCUCUGGUUGAACUUGAACUUACAGCUGCUUGAUGUGGCUAUGUCGAUGUAAAUGAUUUCAUUUUCUUUCUCUGAACCACAGUUUCCUUUGGCUGUGGAUUACUGGCAAGUUGCAGAGGGAAAAGGAAAAGAGAAUUUGCUAUUA